UAAACAAUUCAAGAAGUCAAGAAUAAUGAGCAUAACAUGUAAUAUUGCCUUCAGUAAUGUUGGCAAUGGAAGAAUCAGAUUCUAGAGUGGAACCAAGAAUUCAAGUACAUGGUUGAAACAUAAACCAGCUCAUGAGCCAUGUUCAUUUUUAUUCUCAAUACCCCAUUAGUGCCUGCCCGGCCUUCUGAUAUCCACUUUUCUGUCUUCCAUCCAAGCAUUUCUGAGUUCUCAUACUACUCUUAACUCUCUCUCUCUCUCUCUCUGGAUUUCAAUUUUCAUGACAGAAAAGGUUUUCUGCAUGGUCAUGAGGAUCAACAUCGACUGCAAUGGCUGUUACAGGAAAGUAAGGAGAUCACUUCUUAGUAUGAAAGAGUUGGAGAAACAUUUGAUAGAGAAAAACCAGAGCCUGGUAAGUGUUAUUGGUAGAUUUAUUCCACAGGAAGUGGCAAUCAAAAUCAGGAAGCAAACUAACCGCAGAGUUGAGAUAUUGGACAUCCAAGAAUUCCGCCGCACCUAGCUACGAAAAUCAAGACCAGAAACCUUUGAUCAGUUCUUGCAACCUUUGUGCCCGACAGCAGCCAAAUCGAAUCUUGUUUAACAUGCAGUUAAAGCUUGCAAUUGAAGCUUCGGCGUAAUGUUACUCAUCAUCAUAAUUUUUAUUAUUUUUUUAUCAUAUUUUAAUGUGAUAUUAGAUGAUUGAAAACUAUUUAUUAUAUUUUAAUAAUGAACAUAUCAUUUAAUGCCA